AUGCUCAAACUGAAGAAAAUGAUUCACCUGAUUGUCUUCAAUCUGAUCCUACUGUAUCUAUUUGGUGUGUCUGGUGCUGUAACAGUGAAGCCAGUGAUGGUUGGAGAAUCAGUCACUCUAGAAAUACAGGGGGACGGGGAUAUCGAGUGGAAGUUUAGACCCCACAACAUACUUAUAGCUCACAUCAACAGAGACGAAAUCGCAUUGCAUGAUGACAUUCUUGAUGGGAGUUUCAGAGGCAGACUGAAGCUGGAUCAGACUGGAUCUCUAAUAAUCAACAACACCAGAAUAACAGACUCUGGAGAUUAUAAAGCAAUCAACACCAGCACAGAAAUGACACUGGACACAUUCAGGCUGACUGUCUAUGCUCCUCUUCCUGUUCCUGUCAUUUUCACCUUAACUCAACACCCAGCUGCAUCUUCAGAGUCCAGAUGUGUGCUGCUGUGUUCAGUGUUGAACGUGAGUGCUGUGAGUCUCUCCUGGUACAAAGGAAACAGUUUAUUAUCCAACAUGAGUGUGUCUGAUCUCAGCAUCAGUCUCUCUCUACCUCUGGAGGUGGAAUAUCAGAAUAACAACACUUACAGCUGUGUGGUGAAGAAUCCCAUCAGAAACCACACUACAUAUCUGGAGACCCCCUGUAACACACACUCAGAAAAUGGCCUCUUUCCUAAACAUGCAAUCCUAUUGGUUCUCUCUGCUGUGGUGGGCGUGGCCAUGGUCACGGCCGUGGUGACUGUACUGGUUUAUAAGUUAAUAUCCAGAUGUCUUCAAAAGAAGAAGCGUGCGCAGGAAGAAGCAAAAAAUGCCUAUUCAUCUCUAGUUUUUUGCAAAAAAUAA